AUGAUGCUGACGAAAUGUCACUUUAAGCUGAUAAAAGAAGACAAUAAAGGCUUUAAUUACUGCAAGCCAGGAGACUACCUGAUCACUGGAAUAACUUCUAAAAUAUUUUCUGUACUUUACCCUUAUGAUUUCUCCAAGUGGCCGAUCUACAGAUUGAAAAGUAUGAAAACAAGCUUUUUCCACAUCCUGCCCUUCUUCUUUGCUGUUCAUGAGAUCAACCAGAAUCCUUGGCUCUUACCCAACAUCACCCUGGGGUACAGCAUCUAUCAGACCUUUUUCAAUGCAAGGAUAACAUAUGAGGCCAUGAUGGACUUGCUGUCUACAGGGCAGGAGAAUGUCCCAAACUACAGAUGUGGAAGACAAAAAAACCUGCUGGCAGUUCUUGAAGAAAUGGAUUCUGAACUCUUUGACCAUAUUUCUACUUUCUUGGGCAUCUACAAAAUUCCACAGAUCAACUAUGGUGUUAUCAGCCACAUUCCUGAGCAAAAUCGCCAUUUUCCUUUUUUCUACCGGAUGACCCCAAAACAAGAACCUUCUUACUCAGCGAUUGUCAAGCUGCUCCUGCAUUUCCGAUGGACUUGGAUUGGCCUUCUUUCUCAGGACAAUGAAAGAGGAGAAAACUUUAAAAAAAGCUUGGCAACACUAGCUGUAAAAAAUGGGAUUUGCAUUGUCCUCUCAGAAACUAUCCCAACAAUGAAUGCUGAUUUACAUUUUGGACAAAUAUUUGUGCAAGAAAGAAGAAAAAUGGUCUUUUUUCUUAUAAAUAGUCAAGUCAAAAUUAUUCUUUGUCAAUUGGAUUUUCAGGCCACAGCAAUGACAUUAGGACUAAUAGAACAUACUGAAAAAACUUAUAAUUUUGUUGGGGGGAAAGUAUGGAUUGCAACAGCUUUCUCAGAUACAAGUAUAGGAAUGUUUUACUACGGGGUUGAUCUCCAACACAAACAUGCUUUGUUUUCCUUCCUCACCCAGACAAAGAGAAGGACAGAAUAUGAUAACUAUAAUUCAUAUUCCUUCACUGUCGAACAGUUUGGAAAUAAAGCAUUCCAAUGUUCCUAUACAAGGUCUGUAUUGUCUAAGAAAGUUUGGGAAAGAUGCACAGAAAAAUUAAAUCAGGAAUUUCCACCCCACGAUGUGGUUGCAAGAAUUCUGUCUGAGGAUGGUUCCAGUAUUUCCAAAACAGUACAAGCUGUGGCCUCGGUCCUCAAUGCUGUCUCUUUCUCCCAAAUUUGUAAGAGGAGUAUGCAUAUUGGAAAUGAUUGGUCACCCCAGAUUGUACAGCCAUGGCAGCUUCAUCAACUCAUGAGAAACUUCCAGCUUCACAAUAUUUCCAGGGAUGGGGUUUAUUUGGAUGAAAAUGGAGUUCCUGCUGCUAACUUUGAUAUCAUGCACUGGACAGUUUUUCCCAACAAGUCAACUGCUGGGGUGAAAGUUGGAAGUGCAGAAAGAGAUGUCCUCUCUGAAGUCAAGGUCUUCAUCAACCAGAGUGCCAUCCAAUGGCCAACAUCAUUUAACAAAACGGUGCCUUCUUCUAGAUGUUCAGAAAGUUGUUACCCAGGACAUGCCAAGCUCUUGAGAGAGGGAGCACUAGUUUGCUGCUAUGACUGUUCUCUGUGUAUGGAAGGAACAUUCUCUGUGCAUGAAGAUGCAACCCAUUGUGAGAAGUGUCCAGAUGAUCAGCAUUCCAAUAAGAAGCGAGAUCAAUGUAUCUCCAAAGUUAUAACUUUCCUGUCCUAUAAAGAAAUAUUAGGUCUCAUCCUGGGUCUCUUUGCCAUUGCCUUAUCUACAACUACUGCCUUUGUUCUGGGAAUUUUCAUUAAAUACCGAGAAACUCCAAUAGUCAAAGCCAACAACCGGGACCUAACCUAUGUUCUCCUGUUCUCCCUCCUACUUUCAUUCUUGACCUCUCUUCUAUUCAUUGGUGGCCCCAACACAGUGACCUGUCUUCUUCGACAAAUUAGUUUUAGUGUUGUUUUCUCUGUUGCCGUGUCUUCCUUGCUGGCCAAGACUAUCAUGGUGGUGGUGGCAUUUCUGGCCACAAAACCAGGCAGCACAAUGAGGAAAUGGCUGGGGAAAAGUCUGGCAAACUCCAUCGUCUUGUUCUGCUCUGGUAUUCAAGUGGGCAUCUGUAUCAUAUGGCUGGGAAUCUCUCCCCCAUUCCCAGAUUCUGACCUGUACUCCCAACCAGGAUAUAUCUUGAUGCAAUGCAAUGAAGGCUCAGUUGCCAUGUUUUAUACUGUGCUUAGCUACAUGGGAUUUCUGGCUGCCAUCUGCUUCUUGGUGGCUUUCCUGGCCCGCAAGUUGCCAGGGACCUUCAAUGAAGCCAAGUGGAUCACCUUCAGCAUGCUGGUUUUCUGCAGUGUUUGGAUCUCCUUUGUCCCCACCUACUUGAGCACCAAAGGAAAAUACAUGAUAGCUGUGCAAAUCUUCUCCAUCCUGGCCUCCAGCCUGGGCUUACUGGGCUGCAUCUUUAUCCCCAAAUGCUUCAUUAUUAUCCUGAGACCUGACAUGAACACCAAGGACCAUCUAAUGAUGAAAAACUAG